AUGAUUAAACUACCACCUUGGACUGGUGGAACAGAUGAGGAGUAUGAAACACAAUACUUUGGUUUUGGAGCCCAAAGGCUUAAAAUUGCAGUGCGUCAAAUGGUCGAACAGAAAAUUAGGACAGGAGUAAAAGAUAUGGAGUCUUAUUUACAAGAAUCUUUAGAUCUAAAUGACAAGGAUAAGUUAACAUUAACACAUUCUUGUGACAAACUUAUACGAUUGUACUGUGAAGGGGCUGGACCGUCUUUGGAUAUAAUUGACGAGGAGAUAGAACGAGUAAUAAAUAUACCUCACUAUGUUCUCCUACCGGAAGAUGAAGUUCAGCUUGAGCAAGUGUCUGACGAUGAUUAUGAAAGGUUGAAGGAAGAGGUCGCAACUUUAAGAAAAAGAGUAGAAAGAGGAGCUCUUAUAGAAGCAUUACUUACAGCAGAGGAAGAGGAAUUAUCGUCAGCAGAAAAGGUAUGUGAGAUUGCUAAAAAGGACAUGGAAGUGCUAGAUUUAUUGCAGAAAAAGUUAGAGACUAGUGGUAGUACUAAAACUAUACAGAGUGAAGUCAAUUUUCUGUCUUCUAAUGUACCCUUUAUUCAAGAUAAAGAUCCAAAAGACAUAUUUGAAGAAUAA